AUGUCCGGCUACGAAGUCGAGCACAACAUCCCCCAGGAGCAGCAGCAGCAAGAGCAACCCCGACGACGACCCGACCUGGGCACCUUCUUCAGCACCCUGGAUCUCGUCGACACUUCCGGCUCACGGCAACCGCAAAAUGCGCACUCCCUCCCCCUCCCGCAAGACAUCGCCGCGGCAUACCGAACACUGGCGAAUGCCUUUGAGAUGAUGCGCGGUGGUGAAGGAGCUGGAAGUGGAAGCGGGGGCAAUGAAGAGCUGCUGCAGAGACUGGUGGACAGCUUGAUGGACAGUGCGGAACACCCGCCCUCGGAAGUCGAAGGCGUGUCGGACGAGUUCAUCGAGCAGUUGGAGCGGAUACCCAAGAAGUCGCUGAAGCCAGACAUGAGCUGUCCCAUCUGCGCGAAUCCCUUUCUGGAUGACUCGCACCCUCUCGUCGUACGGCUGCCCUGCCACAAGGAUCACAUCUUCGAUCUGGAGUGCAUCCAGCCGUGGCUGAAACUCAACCCGACGUGUCCUCUCGAUCGGCAGAAGCUGGUGAAGAAGAAGGAGCCGCCGACCAAGGUGGAGGACGACGAGCCGGAGUAUGAUGAUAUUCUUGGCAUCGGCUUCGACCUCAAGCUUGCAGCAGAUCCUGCCCAUCAACAAGUCACAAAGUCAACACCACCACCACCAAACCCAAACAUGGGCAAAUCAUCAAAAGACAAACGAGAUGCAUACUAUCGCCUCGCCAAGGAACAAGGCUGGCGUGCCCGUUCCGCCUUCAAGUUACUCCAACUCGACGAAGAGUUCAACCUCUUCGAAGGCGUCACGAGGGUCGUCGAUCUCUGCGCAGCGCCAGGCAGCUGGUCACAAGUCCUGUCACGCAUCCUGAUUAAAGGCGAAAGAAUCGGGCGAGCGACAUGGGAAGACAAGCGAUACGCCGAGCUGCUCAAGACCCAACCGCAAAAAUCAUCCGAGCAACAACCACCACGAGCCCAGCCAAGGAAAGACGUCAAGAUUGUCGCCAUUGAUCUCCAGCCCAUGAGUCCACUCGAAGGCAUCACUUGUUUGAAAGCAGACAUCACUCACCCUUCGACCAUUCCUCUCCUCCUCCGCGCUUUGGACCCAUCGUACUCUGCCGAGAAUUCAUCCAUUGAGGCUUCCCAUCCCGUGGAUCUCGUCAUCUCAGACGGUGCGCCAGACGUGACUGGACUUCACGACCUCGACAUCUACGUCCAGUCGCAACUUCUCUGGGCGGCGCUCAAUCUCGCUCUCUGCGUGCUGAAGCCUGGCGGGAGGUUCGUGGCCAAGAUCUUCCGCGGCAAGGAUGUCGACAUCUUGUAUGCUCAGCUGAAAUGUGUCUUUGCACGAGUCGAGGUCGCGAAGCCGAGAAGCUCGAGAGCAAGCAGUGUUGAGGCAUUCAUCGUCUGUACGGACUUCAGACCUCCUGAAGAAUUCAAAGCGAGUCUCGACAAUCCUCUCCAGCAGAUACGACCGACUGCGACAUCGCAAAACACCCAACCUACUCGCGUGGUGCGAGACGACGGUAUUACUGAACUCACCCUUCCACAAACAGAUCCAAACCGAUGGGUUGCUCCAUUCCUGGCCUGCGGAGACCUGAGCGCUUUCGACGCCGAUGCAAGCCACAAACUCCCAGAAGGACAUGUCAGCUUGGAUCCUGUGCAGCCGCCGACCGCACCACCGUACAGAAGGGCUUUGGAGGAGAGGAAGAAGAUGGGUGGCGCAUACGGAAAGACGAAGCUGGGCGGCGGUGCGUGA